AUGGCUAGCCAGCCUGCAACUAAGAAAUCCAGAAAGAAAGAUCCAGCUUGGAAAUAUGGUACUGAAGUUCAAGGUCCACUUAUUAGAGGAAGACAUGUUUCAUACGCGACAUGCAAGUUCUGUGAUAAGAGAGUACCAGGAGGAAUUAGUAGGUUCAAAAGUCACAUAGGACAGACACAUAAGGAAGUUUCUGCAUGUCCUAAUGUACCUCCAGAAGUUACACAAGAAAUAUUAACUCAACUGCUUCAUGAUGAAGGAUCAAAAGCAAUAGAACAACAAAACUUUCAAUAUUUGGUUAAUGGAGGAUCGCAUUAUCAUGCUCAAACAGAGUCUACAUAUAAUCAUAUGGUAGGAUCUGAACCAACUCCUACUGCUACUAGUGAUCGUGGAAUAAGAGGUCCCAUGGAUAGUCCUUAUUUUGUCAAUAUGGUUAGAUCGGUAGGAGAAUAUGGUCGUGGGUUAAAACCACCUUCUAUGUACGAGUUGAAUUCUUGGGUUCUUAAAGAAGAGGUCAAAUUAACAAACGAUAUGGUCGACAAUGCCAAGAGAACAUGGGCAGAAAAUGGAGUCACCAUAAUGUCUGAUGGUUGGACAGACAUUAGAAAGAGACAAUUGAUCAAUUUUCUUGUCAAUACCCCGGAUGAAACUGUUUUUUUGAAGACAAUUGAUGCAUCAAAGCAUGUCAAAGAUGCGGGAAGGUUAUUUCAGAUGCUUAAUGAGAUAGUUGAAGAGGUAGGAGAGGAACAUGUGGUGCAAGUUGUUACAGAAAAUGUUGUUGCAUACAAGGCUGCUGGAGAUUUGCUAAUGCAAAAAUGGAGGAGAUUAUAUUGGACACCAUGUGCUGAAUAUUGCAUUGAUCUAAUUCUUGAGAAGCUAUUUGAGGAAGGCAGUGAAAAAGAUUAUAAUGAGGGAUGCGAACUUCUGUCCUGGAUUGGUAUAUUCAUUAAAGGCUACAAAACUCUAGUUGGUAUCUUACGACUUGUAGAUUCAGAAGCAACUCCAGCGAUGAGAUUUAUAUACGGUGCAAUGGACAAGGCCAAAGAAGAGAUAGCAAGAAACUUCGGCAAUGAAGAACCGAAGUAUAAGGAUAUUUGGGAAAUCAUCGAUGAAAAUUGGGAUUUCCAAAUGCAUAAAGACCUCCAUGAUGCGGGCUACUUUCUGAAUCCACAAUUUCAGUACGAAGAAAAUGUUUCAAAUCAUCCUGAAAUAAAAAGUAGCAUUGACAACUGUAUGGAAAAACUAUUGCCUAGAGAAGAUGUAGUUGAAGCUCACAUGGAUCUUGACAAGUAUUUGAAUAAGGAAGGACACUUUGGACGUCUUGAGGCAUAG